AUGGCCCCAAAGUCCCGUCUCGUCGGCCCUCCCGCCAAAUCUGCUUCCCCUAGCUUCGUCCCGUGGCUCUACAGUGAGCUCAAGGCACCCGAGAAUUCAAGUGUCGUGAGGAGCGUCGCUGUCUUUGCGGCAGCCGUAGCGCUCUUUUCGAGCUCAUACGCCGAGUACUUGCUUCCUCCCAGCUGUAUAUACUUUCCUAAUGUUUCACGUAGCCGUAGUAGUAGAUCGGUGGGCAAAAUCAGGCAUGGACGGGAAAAAAAAAACUCGAAGAGAUGGGGGCACAUACAUGCAUGGGCGGCGUGGGAUCAAGAAGGAAAGAGAGGGGAAGAGAAGAAGAGGGGGGCCAAUUGUAUAUAA